AUGGAUACAGGUACAAUGGAAGAACGCUAUUUGAAGCUUACCAAAAAUUUCUUGAUAAUCAGUGGAAUUUGGCCCGAUCAAUAUAAACCUGUGCAGUUCUUUUGUCGAUUGACUACAUACAUUGCUACUGGAUUGUCAGUUAUAACGCAGGUACUCGCAUGGUAUAGUCUCGAUUGUGAUUUGGAUGCCUGGAUAGGUGUUCAUAUUGUAUUGUGUAAAGUGAAUCUAACUAUUGCAAUCGUGACAGUGAUGGUAACGAGAAUGGUACGCUAUUUUAGCUUCGAAGUUGUAGUAGAACAGCUUCCAUUUUUCCUCGCUGCGAUCUUGGUAUUCGUGAAACAUACCACUUACGUCAUAAACAGCGCAAGACUUAAGAAGCUGUUAACUGGAAUGUGUGACGACUGGAAGAUCGAUAGAUCGAAAGAGGAGGUUGCUAUUAUGACGUCUUACAUGGAUAGGGGAGCUCUUAUCGCGAAGAUUUAUACAGCGAAUGCAUGCAGCACCACAGCUCUGUUCAUUCAAAUACCAUUCUGGCCACGCAUUGCCGACAUAGUGAUGCCAUUGAAUACUUCCCGACCUCGAGCGUACAUUAUUCCAGCUUCUUUCCCCGUCGACGAAGACAAAUACUACUACUGGAUAAUAUUACAAAUGGCUGUUGGAAUUUUGAACGUAAUGUUUGUGUACGUUGCAUGCGACACGUGUUUCGUGUACGCUGUGCAGCAUGCUUGCGGAUUAUUUGCAACGUGUGGAUAUCGUUUUAAAGAAGCGAUCAGAGAUGUGCCUGCAGGGAGUACCAUUUCAGACCUGUCUACCGAAACGUACAAGAGAGUGUGUCGCUCUGCCGAGGCUCACAAUCGUGCAAUAACAUUUCUACAAGAAAUCGAAGAUAUUCACUUCGGAUACCUCUUGAUCUGUUUGGGUAUUAUAACCGCAGCCUUCAGUGGUACACUGGCUUUACUGUCGACAAUGAAAAUUGGCGGGAGGUUUUACCAGUGCAUUGGAUUCUUGGUCGCUCAAUUGAUACAUCUGUUUUUCUUGACGAUUCAAGGGCAGUUUGUGAUCAACUCGAAGUGGAAGGCUUAUAAUGAAAUAUACGACGGGCUAUGGUACCAUGCUGAACCUAAAACGCAAGUGCCGUAUAUGCUCGCGUUAAGGGCUACCCUAAGUGCUCCCGAAAUAACAGCUGGACGACGUAUUCCGAUGAACCUGGAGACCUUUGCAAGCAUAAUAAGAGUGGCACGCUAUUUCUGCCUCGAUGUUGUAGUAGAACAGCUUCCAUUUUUACUUGCGUCUUGCUUGGUAAUAGUGAAACAGGGCACUUAUAUCAUAAACGACGCAAGACUGCAUACGCUGUUGACUGGGAUGUUUAACGACUGGAAAACCGAUAAAUCGAAGGAGGAGCUUGCUAUUAUGACUUCGUACAUGAAUAGGGGUGCACUUUUCGCGUCUAUUUAUUUAGCGAAUGCAUAUGGCUCCACGGCGCUGUUCCUCCAAAUACCAUGGUUUCCGCGGAUCCUGGACGUCAUAAUGCCAUUGAACGCUUCCCGAGCUCGGGCGUACAUUAUUCCAGCUGCGUUCCCCUUCGAGGAGGACGAUUACUAUUACUUGAUAAUAUUUCAGAUGACCGUUGCAAUUUUGGUUACGAUAUUUUUGAAAGAAAUCGAGGAAAUUCACUUCGGUUACCUUUUGAUCUGUUUGGGUAUUAUAACCGGAGCAUUCAGUGGUACGCUAGUUUUGCUGUCGAGGUUGAGCAUUUGCAUGCAGUUCUAUCAGUGCGCUGGAUUCUUGGUUGUGCAAUUGAUUCAUCUAUUUUUCUUGACGAUUCAAGGACAGUUUGUGAUCGACUCGAACUGGAGGACCUACAACGAAAUAUACGGCGGUUUCUGGUACAACGCAAAACCUAAAACACAGAUCUUUUACUUGCUAGCGUUGAGGGCAACCAUGAGUGCUCCUCAAAUAACAGCCGGAGGUCGCAUUCCGAUGAACCUGGAAACCUUUGCAAGCGUAAUAUUUUUGAAAGAAAUCGAGGAAAUUCACUUCGGUUACCUUUUGAUCUGUUUGGGUAUUAUAACCGGAGCAUUCAGUGGUACGCUAGUUUUGCUGUCGAGGUUGAGCAUUUGCAUGCAGUUCUAUCAGUGCACCGGAUUCUUGGUUGUUCAGUUGGUGCAUCUGUUUUUCUUGACGAUUCAAGGACAGUUUGUGAUCGACUCGAACUGGAGGACCUACAACGAAAUAUACGGCGGUUUCUGGUACAACGCAAAACCUAAAACACAGAUCUUUUACUUGCUAGCGUUGAGGGCAACCAUGAGUGCUCCUCAAAUAACAGCCGGAGGUCGCAUUCCGAUGAACCUGGAAACCUUUGCAAGCGUAAUGUUAACUAUUUGCAACUUUUGA